CGCGGGGGCUUUUCCGAAACCCCCCUCAUAUAAGGAGGAGUAUAAAUAGGUGUUAGUCUCUGUAGAGCAGAUAUCAUAACUAGCACACACGGAGGAUGGACGACUCUGACCCUCUAGCUCUGAGUCCUCUUAAUAACAGCACAUUCACUAAAGUGAAAGAAAGAACGCCCUUCUAUCAGGUGAUGGCUUGUAAAGCCUCCAGCAUGCAGCAAAUCAUCCAGAUGGUGCAGAGGAUGGCGCAAAAGAGCUGCAGAAGAGCCUGCCAGUUGUUCUGCUGCCCACUAGACUCUAUGCUGUGUGAAAAGGCCACAUGCUGUCAGCAGUCUACGGAAGAUAAAACUGCACAAGUGGCACUCCAGAAUCUGCCGUCUACCAUUUUGAUUGUGAACAUCAGCAACUCCACCUUGAUCGACUGUGUCAUCGGGAGCGACGCCUACCCAUCAGCGGUGGCUGAAAGUCAGCCUCUAAUGCGGGUUUCUGAGCUCCAAAUGCAUGAUGAGGCGAGGUGCAGCUGCAGCUGUAGACAGCAGGGAGCAGCACAGACCUCUGCUCCUCCUCCUCCUCCUGCUCCUCCCCUUCCAUCGGCCGAGCCUCCGAACAUCAGCAUCCACGGCUCCCGUCUCAACUAUGUCAUCAUCGGAGACAACAACUACAUGCACGCUGAGCAGACCCACUCAACUGAAACAGAAGAGCCUCAAGUUUGAAUCUUUGGCUACGCAGACCGAACACCCAACCACCCACACACCCACACACUUACACAAACACACACUACUACACACUCUAGCAUCACUGUCAUCUGUGUUUGGAUUUCUUAAACUCAGUACGAGAUCAAACAUUUUCACCUUUUGGAGUUGCCUCUGCUCUGCUUUGACUCAGACUUGUUAUGAGUGUGUAAACCACAGGCUAUACACUCACUGUCUGUCUCUUCUCCUCCUUCAGCAUUAUUUUAGGGCCACAUCUGACAAUUAUUUUAAUUAGCGAUAAAUCUGAAGAUUAUUUUCUAGAUAACUGAUUCAUUGUUUAGCCUAUAAAAUUCCAGAAAAGUAGAAAAUGUCAAUCAAAUUGGUUGCGUCUGAAAUUCCACACUAACAUGCUAUUUAGUACGCUAAAACAGUAUGUGAGAUAUUUUAGUAUGUCCAAAACCU